AUGAAGAAAGAACAGUUUGUAAAUGAUGUUACUAUAGAGAACGAGUUGUCAACCAAACUUAAUGAACGUGAGAACUUAGAACCAUUACAGAGACAGCAACUGCGCCGGCGCUCCAUCCAUCAUUCAGCGGCAGAGCCAGGAACAGAGCAGCCAGAGGACAGCCAUGAAGUUCGUGACGAUAUUUGCGCUGGUGCUCAUGCUGGUGGCUGUAGUUCUUUGCGCCCCCGUGGGAAGCGACUCCGACCCGACCGAUGCCGACGAGGACACAAGGUCCAACCUGUUCCUGCUCAAGAAGAAGCUGUUGCUCAAGAAGAAGCUGCUGCUGCUCGGCUGAUGUCCCGACAUACGCCAGGUCGUCCUGGUUAUAAGUCAUCACAGAGAAGCCUCACAAACACAGUGCCCGCCAUUUACCUUCACCUGUUGCUCAAUGGCGACGUAUUGACUAUACAGUAAUUUACUGUGCCGCUUCGCAUCAUUUGUUUUAUAUUCGUUAGAUACAUUAUUUUUGUACAAAAUUGUAUAUUAUGUUCUCCUAGGUAAUAAAUACUUAGUAGUUAUUAUUCAUUAA